CCUCAUUCUGAACAAGCCAAGCCAAGCCUAGCCUUAGCCACACUCCAAAUAGUACCUCUGAUUUAGUUAUGAUCCACCCCAUGUCUAUCACAUAAUACUUAUAGAGUUACUAACAACUUACUAGAGCUGGCUUCCCCAGACAGUUUAGCGGUAGGCUCCACUCCACGCCACUCCACUUUUCCCGAUGUCAUGCGCAAUCCCAGCUGCGAUCAUUUUUUUUCAUCUGGUGUGAACUCCUCUCUUCUCUUCCACUUGCUCUCUCAACAUCUCCCCGUUCUCCUAACCGAAACCGGAACCCUCUUCUUCUUUCAAUCAUACAUGUCUCGUAUAUAAGAACACCUCGCAUAUAGACCCUGUGGCACGACCACAACCUCCAACCAUCCACUCACCAUGUCACCACAAUCCCUGCCCGAGUCUCCACCUUUGCUCCCCGAAAUCGCCAAUAAACAAUCCCCGAUACAUCCUCACACCGAUUCCUCCAUUGAUCCCGACCACCCAGAUGCCCCCCUGCCGAUCGACCAGUCCUACCAUGAUGAUCCGGACCAGAGAUCCGAGUAUCUGGUCCGGUACGAGCCUCGACCCAUCGAUGAUGAAGACGGUGAUCGGGAGGGAGACGAUCUCGCGGCGGAGAUGGCUCGGCCUCGGACGGCGUGGCGGGCCAAGCUGAGGGUGUUCUGGUUGAGGAAUAUGGGGAUGUUUCUGGUUCUGCUGGCGCAGAUGUUUGGGGCUAGUAUGAAUGUCAUGACGCAGAUUUUGGAGAUUCAUAGUUCGAUGCAUCCGUUUCAGGUGCUCUUCGCUCGCAUGUCCAUUACGGCCGUCGCCAGUUACCUAUACAUGUGGUACGCCAAAACACCCGCUCCCUUUGGCACCCGUCCCGUCCGCAAAUUGCUCCUCCUCCGAGCAACGUUCGGGUUCCUGGGUGUCUAUGCGCUCUACUAUUCCGUUCGAUACCUCCCUCUCUCCGAGGCAACGGUGAUCACGUUCCUCGCUCCGAUUCUCACCUGCUACGCCUGUUCCCUGCUCAUCCCCGGGGAGACAUUUUCUCGGCGCCAGCAACUAGCCGCCAUCGUCUCGCUAGUCGGUGUAGUUCUCAUCGCGAGACCGUUCUCGAGCCGUGACGGUGCAGGCACGGGCGAUAACGCGGGGACCACGGCUGAAGAUGAGAGUCCUGAUGACGCAGAUGCAUUCCACCACGUUCUCGCGACGGUGGUUGCGUUCCUGGGUGUGCUCGGCGCCUCGGGCGCGUACACUACUAUCCGAAUGAUCGGACGACGCGCCCACCCGCUCGUCUCGGUGACUUAUUUCUCCAGCGUGACGACGGCCAUCUCGUUAUUUGCCAUGGUCGCAGUCCCCGGGGUGCCAUUCCGCCUGCCCUCGACGGUCACGGAAUGGACACUGUUGACCGGGCUGGGGGUGUGCGGAUUCUUGCUGCAGUUCUUGCUCACGGCGGGGCUGAGUUACGUUCCGCCGGCGAGUGUGCGCGUGGCCGGGGUCAAGGCGAGUCAAGGCUCCAAGGCGACGAAUAUGGUAUACAUGCAGAUGCUGUUUGCCUUGUUCUAUGACAAGGUUGUUUGGGGCAGUACGUUGUCGCCGGUGAGCUGGGCGGGGUCCGUGCUGAUCCUGGCAUGUGCGGUUUAUGUCGCGGUUGCGCAGGAGGAGCGGAAGGAGGAGAAGAAGCCCAAAGCGGAGGGAGAGGAUGAAGAUGAUCGGCGAUUCAAGGAUCGUGAUGACGAGGAGGCACUGGGCGUGGCUGCACGGGAGGAAGAGUAAUAUGGGAUCAUCUCUGCAUGGAGGAGGGGAGGAGAGAGACGAUGCAGGAUCGUCGGGGAGGGGAGGAGAGUGCAUUGAGUUUUGGGCGUUUGGGGGGCAUUUUGCUAGAGGAUGCAUCAUUGCACAUGGACUUGCGCUGCGUAGAGGACAUGCUACUGUACAGUACCUACUCUUUCGGGAUAUAUUAUGACUAUGAGGGACAUGAUAACGAGAACGAAGCAAUGACGAGACUGCCCUGUGAACAGCACUGAUGAAAUGGAUUCAAUAACUCCUAGUCAACCACUACAUUUUCCAGCCACUAAUACGUCGAACGCAAGUACCUUUCUUACUGUACGCCAUACUAUCGGAGCACACUGCUCCAUCUUCCCCAAUCAC